ACCCCAUUUUCUCUUCAUCCAAUUCCACGCCAUUGAAAAUGCUAUCUGCCUCCGCUCCUAUUACUCUCCCGCCGCUCCCGGCCAGAUCUUCUCCUCGGGAAUUUACACGUGUCAGAUUCCGGCCGCCGCGGGCCUUCUCCUCCUCCGCCACCGCCACCGCCACCUCCACCGCCUACGCCUCCAGAGAGGACACCGCCUCUCCGUAUCUGAACCUUCAAAGAAUGAACUCCUGCACUUCGCUUUACGAGGUCCUUGGAAUCCCUACCGGAGCUUCUUUUCAGGAGAUCAAAUCGGCGUACCGCCGACUCGCGAGAGUUUGCCACCCGGACGUGGCGGCCGUCGAUCGCAGAGACUCGUCGGCCACCGAUUUCAUGAAGAUCCACGCGGCUUAUUCCACUCUCUCGGAUCCUGUAAAACGCGCUGAUUACGAUCGGAAACUUCUCCCCCGGUAUCGUCCUAUGACCUCGGUAAGAAUGGCUUCUGGAUUUACCGGCUACACUCGCAGAAAUUGGGAGACGGACCAGUGCUGGUAACGAGUUGACUCACUUAGUGAUGAUACGAAUUCGAAAUUGAACGGAUCGGAGUUCGUGAAACGUUGAAGCAACUAUGUGAUCUGCGAAAAUUAGGGCUAUAUCAAAGAGUGCUGGAAACGGAAUCGGAGUCGGAAUCGCUGCUGUGAUUUGUACAUAUUACCGAAAUAAACGAAACGGCGCGAUUGGUUUGGGACUCCCUAGGGAUCUGUCGCGGGAUCGAAGCUUUUAUGGAACUCGCCGGAAGCGAACUUGCGGCCGUCCCGUUGCUUGUCUUGCCAAUGAGCGAGAUUUGCUUUCAGAUCUACAGGAAACGUUGUCAGGAAGACGAUUCCAGUUCUCGAAAAUCACCAAGUUAAAAAGAAACAGAGGAAAAUGCUUAUAUCUUUUCCUAGUUUUCCUUUCGUAUCUGUAUUUUUCUUGGCUUUGUACGGUUCUCUCUAUCAGUUUCAAUAGAAAAAAAAGAAACAAAAAUCGAAAACAUCUUUGGACGCUGUUUCAGAUGCUUUAGCUGAAUUUGCCUUUGGAUUUUCUUUGUUGGUGUCUGUUUUUGCUGUUUGAUUUGGAUCCGUUGAUGAUGAUUGACAAUAUAAUCCAGCAGAUGUUUCAAAUUU